CGAUGGUGUUGGGAAGCAAGUGUUCCUGCAGCCCUUGCAUCUCCCCAAACCGCUCCGCUCCUCUCGUUCUUUGUACAUUUUUCGAACAUGCCUCCUGUCAGGAAUGGUACCAUCUACUAUGUCAAGCAGCCUACGGACAAGAUAAUUCCUGGCGAGACGGUCAAGUACGUCGAGGAAGAAAUCGACCUAGACAAUGUCCCCCUUAAUGGUGGUAUCCUGCUCAAGAUCGUCGCAGUGAGCAGUGACCCAUACAUGCGCUACCGGAUGCGUGAGCCAGAGAGCAGUCUCGCCGCAUUCUGUCCACCUCUCCAGCUUAACAAGCCUGUCGACAACUUCGGUGUUGCUACUGUCAUCCGUAGUGAGGAUCCCGACUUCAAGCCUGGUGAUUUUCUCGACGGAUUCUUCAACUUCCAGGAGUAUUCCCUCUGGCCGCCUCCCCCUGAUCAGAAACACUUUUUGAGGUACAUCCAAAAGAUCGACCGCCCAGCUUCCAUCCCCGCUUCUGCCUAUACCGGCACCCUCGGACUUGCUGGAAAAACUGCGUACGUCGGGUUCGAUACCUUCGCCAAGGAAAAGUGCAAGCAGAGCAAGACCCUUUUCGUCUCUGGCGCUGCUGGUCCUCUUGGAACCUUCGUUUGCGAGUACGCGAAGAUUUGCAACCCCAACAUCAAGGUUAUUGGCUCUGCUGGUUCGCCCGAAAAGAUCAAGAUCCUGAAGGAGAUUGGUGUCGAUGUGGCAAUCAAUUACAAGGAAGAGGACAUCGAGAAGGUCCUCAAGGAACACGGACCCAUUGACAUUUAUUGGGACAACGUGGCUGGCCCCACUCUCGAUGCCGCUCUAGUCAACAUGAGCUCCCAGGGCCUGAUCAUUGCUUGCGGUGCCAUUAGCGCAGCCAACAGCAAUGGCCAGGGAAGCACUGUCAAGCACUUCGAGGAGAUCUUCGAGCGCAGCUUGGUUAUCCACGGCUUCACCGUCGGCACUGGCCCAUCAGCAGCAGCCCUACCCAAGUUCUACGAAGCUGUCACUCCGCUCGUCCUCCAGGGCAAGAUCACCAACCGUGAGCACCGCUUCUCUCUCAAGGAGGCUGGCGCGGCCCUUGCGUCUGUCCACCACGGCACGAAUAUCGGCAAGGCAGUCAUCGUCAUAUCGAAUGAUGUGUAGACCAUCUCAGAGGAUCACAGGGAUUGUAGCAUUAGAAUAGAUGACGAGAAAUCCUGGAUUGCGUUGCGUUUGGAAUUGUACAGUAUUGGAAUGUAAGCUGGUAUUUUGGCG